AAGAUAUCACGGGUAAUCGGGGUGCCUCUGCUAUCAUUGCAAAAUUUCUACUUUAGCAUCAGCCUAGUGGCGCGCCCUAUCCUCUCGAAUUUUCCAUAUAUGGGGCGUCAACUUAUUCUAAAUCCCGAACUGCCAAAAGCGAUGUUUGCUUCCGUUGGUUUUGGGCAUCGGCUGCGCAUGCGCGGAGCUUCAACAUCACGUACUCGUGAAUACACGCCAGUUCGUUGCCAUCCAAACAUCAGGCAUGGCUGAAGAAAGAGUCAACGAACACGCCUCCUGUGUUCAGCUUCACGGAUGAAGAAACCCUAAGCGCAAACCGUGAAAACAAUCGGGGUGCUUCGUCUUCUUUGGGCACCUACCCAACAAUUUCUGACGACGCCUGGCGCUACCACUGGAACACUCAACCCAGGCCAAUAACCGACAGGACUUACAGCGUCGACGGUACGUGGGCGAUGGUCUUUCACCUUUACCACGACCAUGCCCCUGUCAGUGAAUAUGGCAGCACUAGUUACGUGCACCAGCCGUUCACCACCAGCAUUGAUUACGCAACGCCCAGCACGAGCCUUACAGACAUGGAGCAAGCAUCAGCCAUUGUAGAAGGCGGCGCCAGAAUUUCUCAGACAACCCGUGUUGACCAAUGGAACACGCAGUACCUCACGGCUGAUGUCAGAUCUACUGACUGUGGCCAUGUACAUAUCGCCGAAAGCGGAAUCACGAGUUACCUACCUAUGGUGUCCAGAAGCAGCAUCAAUCCCGCACAGCCCAGUACAAGCCGCGCUUGCAUGGAGGAAGCAUCGGCCAUUCCGGAAAACCUUGCUAGCAUUUCUGACGACGCCUGGCUUUACCAAUGUAACACUCAGCAGAGGCCAAUAACCGACGGGACCUACAACGUCGACGGUGUCACUGACAAGGAUAACACGAGUUACCUGCACCUGGGGUCCAGCACCAGCAUUGAUCACGCGAUGUCCAUCAUAAGCCGCACAGGCAUGGAGCAAGCACCUGCCAUUGCAGAAGGUGGCGCCCGAAUUCCUGAGACAACCCGUGUUGACCUAUGGAACACGCAGUACCACCUGGCUGAUAGCACAUCCACCGACUGUGGGCAUACAGGCCACACAGAAAUCGGAAGCACGGAUUUCACACUUCCGGUCUGCAGCAGCAGCCCAGUGGCCAGUACAAGCUACGCGCGCCUGCAGGAACCAUCGGACAUCUUUGGGAACUACGCUUGGAAUGCUACUGGAACAGGAGGGAGGGUACAGCAAGAGUUCUGCGGUGCAUGUUCCAAUGUUUCCAGCAGACAGGAUGUCUUACAUGGGCACACCAAGGAACGCACGGGCGAUACAGCCUACACUUGCAAAGCAAGUGAUCCUGUGAAUAAUUCAGUGAAUCACUGCCGGAAUACAACAGGCACAAGCCACAAAUGCGUAACCUACGGCAAAAUGUUCCACCGGGCUAGUCUCCUUGCCACACAUUACCGCACGCACACAGACGAGAGACCCUACAAAUGCGAAAUAUGUGAAAAAUCAUUUCGGCAAUCUCAUCACCGCGAUAUCCACAAACGUACACAUACAGGCGAGAGACCAUACACUUGCAAAACAUGUGGUAAAUCAUUCGCGAAGUCGUGGAAUCUCCGUACACACAACUACACUCACACAGACGAGAAACCGCAUGUCUGUCAGAAGUGUUCUAAACCAUUCAAAACCAGAAAAAACCUCAAACAUCACAACUUGUGUUGUGGGGACAGAGCUUUCGUUUGAGAAAUAUGUAAUGCAUCCUUCAAGAACAACUCGGCUCUCGAUCGUCACCGUCGAAGCUACAUGCAUGGAUGAAACCCCGUAUUAGUGUACGCAGGGCGCAUUUGCUCUUACAGAGAAAGCCGUCGAUGGACAGCUGUAGCAGAAUAUUACCUGCCGAUUGUGUGGAGAUGCAUUCGGAGACGACGAUCAACUUAUUACACACAUCGUGACGCAUAGGGGUGUCCAGAGAUAAGUCUGACUAGUGCGCAAGUUAACCAAAUCGCCCGUGGCUUUUGCAUACCAACGUGAAAGUGAAGCAGUGCGGGGAAGCAACGCUGAUAUUCUUUCAGAGGAUCCACGAGCUAACUAAACGCAUCGUGUGUAUAGACCGUCUUCUUUUGACAAUUAAAGCGGCCUAGUCAAAUAAGCGAUGUGAACGAUGCCAUCUGGUUUCUCCAAGUUUUUGGAGUGCUUCAAUGUCGAGGUAUACGGCAGAUCCUAGCCAGCGCUUACUGUUUGUGUAACUGCAUUUGUUCACGAACACAGCAUUAGCAAAUUUAUUUCAAGACAAAUCCUUAUGGGCUGCAAGAUUGUGUUUUAUGUAAGUAGAAGGUUGAAAUGCUUUCACAAUAUCCUUGACUCCUUCUUCUGUCAGUGUUUCUUUGUAGGUGUUUUGACAGCUUAGUAGUGAACAGGCUCUAAUGAACCCUGUGCUUUAUGAUAUCCGAAUGUCCAUAGAAGGGAACAUCUCCGAUUGGAAAGCAUUUAAAAUGAGGUACUGUUUUCUUCUACACUAACAAGUAAUCUCUGUCAUUACUUAAGGUCCUUGCGCCCUAUUGCGUUCCAGAGACAGGUUUUAUGACUGUAUGUAGACACAUUCUACGCAUAAGAAACAUUUCAUUUAAAAUUUGUUGAAUGCAUUCACUGUUCUCGUUCUCUUUGGCUCCUGUAUUCAUACCGAAAAUCUUUGUUGUAUACCAUAAACUAAGCUGAUGGGAGUAGUGAGACUGCAUUAGAUCAAAAUAAUUGGGAGCUUCACUAUAACACGUGUUCACCAACUACGAAAAUUUUAGCUGUUUUAUUGUGGUGGCUUAAAGCUUCAAAAGCCAGUUUUUUAUCCAUUCGGAAGCCGUCUGUGAAGACUCGCAAUGUUCUCUAGUUACUGCUGUACAAUCUUUUUACCCUGAUGUGACAAACGCAGCUGUGCGAGCAAUGACAGGAAACGUGAGA